CACGUUCAGCAGCGUCAUGCCUCACUCCGUCCGGGCUGCAAACAGUUAACAGCUCGCGCACGCGCAGCCGCAGCGGGAGCGCGCAGAGGUGCAUUGCGAAGGCGAAGCUGAGAGCGAGCAGGUCGGUCGAUGGUCCGCGAGACUGACCGCGAAAAGUCCCGGGAAGAAACGCGCGACACCCCAACGCUCGGCUUUGGCGGCGGCGCCCGCGCGGACGAAGCCCACGCGCCCGUUCCCACCCGUCGCUCGCAGAGGAGAAAGGAUCUCCACCAUGUCGGGGACCAGGGAGGAGGAGAGGAGGAAGCUGGCCGACAUCAUUAACCACUGGAACGCCAACCGGCUCGACCUGUUCGAGAUCAGCCAGCCCACGGAGGACCUGGAGUUCCAUGGGGUCAUGCGGUUCUACUUCCAGGACCGGGUCGCCGGUAACUUUGCCACAAAAUGCAUCCGGGUGUCCAGCACGGCGACGACGCAGGACGUCAUCGAGACGUUAGCGGAGAAGUUCCGGCCGGACAUGAGGAUGCUGUCCUCGCCCAAAUACUCGCUGUACGAGGUCCACGUCAGCGGCGAAGAGCGCCAGUUGGACCUGGACGAGAAGCCACUGGUGGUGCAGCUGAACUGGAAUAAGGACGACAGGGAGGGCCGCUUCGUCCUGAAGAACGAGAACGACGUCCUGCCGAAGAAGAGCCAGAGCAAUGGGCCGGAGAGGGAGAAGGAUGGAGUCAUCCAGAACUUCAGGAGGACGCUGUCCAAGAAGGAGAAGAAGAAGGAGAAGAAGAGAGAGAAGGAGUUCAUCCGGAUGCCUGACGAAGAGGAGAAGAUGCUGGGCCGGGAGGAUGGGGAGAACAGCCGGCUGGCGGCAGAGGUCUACAAAGACAUGCCGGAGACCAGCUUCACCAGAACCAUCUCCAACCCGGAGGUGGUGAUGAAGAGGAGGCGCCAGCAGAAGCUGGAGAAACGCAUGCAGGACUUCAAGAACAACGACGACUCAG